UGUACCCACAAGGGUUUGGCCUACCUACUAAUUGUAAAGCCUUUGAUUCCGAAUCAAAAUCAAUGAUUCAAACAUUUGUAAUUCUAAGUAGUUAACUCCAAAUGUACCAAGAAAUAUCUCUUGUCACUUUGUACCUCCAUUUUUUUCCUUCUCCCUGCUAUUAAUAAACGAGGACACAAGGAUUGAAUUCAGGACAAAAGGGAUCCAAAGGGGAAGAAAGUGAAUUUGGAACUUGGUUUUCCACUAAUAAAAGAGUAUAGAGUUUCUAUACUUUCUCCCCCAAAGUCUAUUCUUCCUAAUAAGCCAAGACAGACAGACAGAAAUGGCCACACUUGGAGGUGCUCAACAGAAAUGCAUGGCCUGCAACAAAACAGUUUACUUAGUCGAUAAGUUAACUGCUGAUAACCGGGUUUAUCACAAGGCUUGCUUCCGUUGCCACCAUUGUAAUGGUACCCUGAAGCUUAGCAACUUCAACUCUUUUGAGGGGGUUCUUUACUGCAGGCCUCACUUUGAUCAGCUCUUCAAGAGAACUGGUAGUCUGGACAAGAGCUUCGAAGGAACCCCAAAGAUUGUGAAACCUGAGAAAGUUGUUGAAAAUGAGAAUGCACAGAAAGUCUUGAAUCAUUUUGGGGGCACCAGAGAGAAAUGUGUUGGUUGUAGUAAGACUGUCUAUCCAAUUGAGAAGGUUACUGUGAAUGGAACUGCGUACCACAAGAGCUGCUUCAAGUGCACCCAUGGAGGUUGUACCAUUAGUCCAUCAAACUACAUUGCACAUGAGGGAAAGCUCUACUGCAAACAUCACCACAUCCAACUCUUCAAGGAGAAAGGAAACUAUAGCCAGCUCGAGAAUGAACGCGACAAAAGCCCCAUGACCCAGCAAGUUACUGCUGUGGAAAUUGCAGCUGAAUCUUGAUCUGCUUGAACAAACUGGUCUUCCUUCUAUUACGUCUCCAUUCCCCUGCCAACCCUCUUAGGUUUUGUUGCUGUGUUCUUGACAGGAGUCUGCAAUGGUUUUGUGUCAAUUGCAAGAUGAAAUUUGAUAAUGAUGUGUUAUUGGGUUUCUUGCAUAAGGUAGAACUUUUGCUUAUAUAAGACUGAUAAUGAUGGUUUUUAGCUUAAAUAAGACUGGUCAUGGUUUGUUGCAGCCUUUGCUUGAAGUAUAUAAAUUGCUGUGGGCCUG